CCCCUCCUGGAUUUGGCCGGCUCUCAGCUUUCCCGUCGUCUACGGCUGACGGCCGGCGCUCCUCGGUGCACUGCCCCUGCGGCACUCCCAUGAUUUGUCCAAUACAGACUUGGGAAACAUGAAUGUCAUAAGCUACAACGCCAUUACAAAACCUAACUUUUUUCUUGUACGAUGUGAGGUAUCCGUUCUUGUGUUUCGUAGAGCCCAACUUAAUUCAGCUCAGAAUUUAUGUAUUUUACCUCGUUGUGACAAGAAAAACUAUAUCAUGAGGCUAUGUUGUUCCGUUGCGGGUAGGACACUGUCUUCUAGAUUGGAGAAUUUUAAAUUACCAAAGUCUGAAACUUGUAAUGGGAGUCGUCAAAAACAAAAAAUUGAUGCAUCAUCAGUGUACAUUCAUCCUAGUCUGUUGCAAAUGAAGAACGAGAGGGCAGCAAAUCGCGCACUUAUUUAUGACUUCUUGAGAGGGAUUGGCAUUGUUCCCGACGAGCUUGAUGGAUUAGAGCUUCCUCUUUCCAUUGAUGUCAUGAGAGAGCGUUUGGAUUUCCUUCACAAACUGGGUCUCACGGUUAAAGACAUCAACAAUUACCCUCUUGUCCUUGGAUGCAGUGUGAAGAAAAACAUGAUUCCCGUUCUUGAUUACCUUGGCAAGUUGGGUGUCAGAAAAUCCACACUCACCGGAUUCCUUCGCCGAUACCCACAAGUUCUCCAAGCUAGUGUUGUGGUUGACCUUCUUCCAGUUGUCAAGUAUCUUCAAGGUUUGGACAUCAAACCAAAUGAUAUUCCCCUAGUUCUUGAGAAAUAUCCAGAAGUACUGGGAUUCAAGCUUGAGGGCACAAUGAGUACUUCUGUUGCAUAUCUUGUCGGCAUUGGGGUGGCAAGAAGAGAAAUCGCGAGAGUGUUGGUGGGGAAUCCCGAAAUAUUAGGGAUGAGAGUGGGCCGGGUGAUCAAGCCUUUUGUGGAAUAUCUUGAGAGUGUGAUAGGAAUCCCAAGGUUAGCCGUGGCUAGGUUGAUUGAGAAAGAUCCACACAUUCUUGGUUUUGGGCUUGAAGAGAGAGUCAAACCUAAUGUGGACUCUCUUAUACGGUUCAAUCUCAGAAAAUCUUCACUCCCAUCCGUCAUUGCUCAAUACCCUGCAAUUUUAGGGCUUAAUCUCGACGAAAAGCUGAAAGCCCAACAAAGUUUUCUCAGUUCACUCUUAGGUCUAUGCCCUGAGGAUUUUGGGAGAGUUGUGGAGAGGAUGCCACAGUUUGUGAGUCUCAACAACUCACCUAUAACGAGGCACGUUGAUUUCCUCAAGGCACGUGGGUUCUCUUUGGAACAGCUAAGGAAUAUGGUCGUGGGGUGUCCCCAGAUACUCGCAUUGAAUAUCGAUACCAUGAAACAUAGUUUUGAUUACUUCACUGGUGAGAUGCGCGGGAGACCAUUGGAUGAGUUGGUUGCUUUCCCUGCAUUCUUCACUUACGGGCUCGAAUCAACCAUAAAACCAAGACAUGAGAAGAUUGCUGCAAAAGGGGUGAAAUGUUCCCUUGCACGGAUGCUUAACUGCUCGGAUGAGAGAUUCGAGGAUCGGAUGCAAAAUGACUCCAUUGAAAUAGAAGAGAUGGAACCAAAUUUGUCUUUUGACAUGAACACCCUCAUGCAACCCCGAACCGAUGAUUCAGACUUAGACUGUGACGAUGAUGCUGAUGACGACCACGACGACACCGAGAAUCUGAUAAUGUCUUCACGGGCGCCCGGAGCAGCGCCGGCUCCGACCUCGCCCCCUGCUCCACCCGCCAACGCUACUUCUCCGCCGCCGGCGCAGCCUCCUCCGCCGCGUUCUUCUCCGCCACCGCCUUCAACUCCCGCUCCUUCAACUUCUCCUCCUGCGCCGGCGACGCCUUCCGCCCCUGCUCCUUCCGGUUCUUCUCCCCCGUCGAUUCCCUCUGCACCUCCCAGCAGAACCCCAUCUCCUCCAUCGCGCACGCCUCCUUCUCCGCCUCGUCCUCCGCCCCGCUCCACUCCCUCUCCACCUCCUCCUAGAAGAGGAGGAGCAGGAGGUAGUCCGGCGACCCCCUCGCCGCCUCCUGAUGGCGGAUCGUCGGGGGUAUCAACAGGUUUGGUGGCCGGAAUCGCAAUUGGGGGAGUUUUGAUACUGGCAGCUUUGUGCUUGAUAUUCAUAUGUUGCAGAAAGAAGAGGAGAAGAGAUCACGUGCCAGUAGAUUACUAUACACAACAGCCUCCUCCUGCUCUUCCAGGGCCUAAAGCUGAUUCUUAUGGUGGCCCAGCAAAGCCAUUUCACCCUCCUCCUGGGGCGUCUAGACCACCGUUUUCUCCUCCUCCCCCGGCCCCACCUCACAUAAGCAGCAGUGGAGCUUCGUCCAAUUAUUCGGGAUCUUCAAAUCCACUCCCACCACCUUCACCUGGAAUGGCUUUGGGGUUCUCAAAGAGCACAUUCACUUAUGAAGAACUGGAAAGGGCAACUGAUGGCUUCUCGGAUGCCAACCUUAUCGGACAAGGAGGUUUUGGCUACGUGCAUAGAGGGAUCCUUCCUAAUGGGAUAGAGGUCGCUGUUAAGAGGCUAAAAUCUGGCAGUGGGCAGGGUGAGAGGGAAUUUCAAGCUGAGGUGGAGAUUAUUAGCAGAGUGCACCACAAACACCUUGUUUCUUUAGUUGGAUACUGCAUCGCUGGCUCUCAGCGAGUGCUUGUCUAUGAGUUUGUGCCAAACAACACCCUUGAAUAUCACUUGCAUGGGAAGGGAAGGCCUCCAUUGGAUUGGCCCACACGACUUAAGAUUGCUUUAGGGUCUGCCAAAGGACUGGCUUAUCUACAUGAGGACUGCAAUCCAAAAAUCAUUCACCGUGAUAUCAAGGCUGCCAAUAUACUUCUGGACUUCAAGUUUGAGCCUAAGGUGGCUGAUUUUGGACUUGCAAAACUCACUUCUGAUGUUAACACUCACGUUUCAACACGGGUUAUGGGCACGUUUGGGUACUUGGCUCCUGAAUAUGCUUCAUCUGGGAAACUUAGUGAAAAAUCUGAUGUGUUCUCAUUUGGAGUAAUGCUUCUAGAGUUAAUUACUGGACGCCGACCUGUCGACUCUAAUCAAGCCUUCAUGGAUGAUAGCUUGGUGGACUGGGCAAGGCCUUUACUGACUCGUGCUCUGGAAGAAGGAAACUUUAAUACUCUUGUAGAUCCACGACUAGAGGAUGAUUACAACCACAACGAAAUAUCGCGUAUGAUUGCUUGUGCUGCUGCUUGUGUCCGUCAUUCAGCUAGACGUCGACCUAGAAUGAGCCAGGUUGUGAGGGCCUUAGAAGGGCAAAUGUCAUUAUCUGAUCUCAAUGAGGGAAUCAGGCCAGGGCAGAGCACGGCGUACAGUUCGUACGGAGGAAGUUCAGAUUAUGAUACAAUGCAAUACAAUGAAGACAUGAAGAAGAUGAGGAAGAUGGCACUGGGAAGCCAAGAAUACAGCACUGGCCAGUACAGUAACCCUACCAGUGAAUAUGGAUUGAAUCCAUCCGGUUCCAGCAGCGAAGGCCAAGAAAUGACAAUGAAGAAAGAAAGCAGUGGGUACAGCGGAAGGUAGCGGCUUCUCAGCUCAUUCAUUCAUUCAAUGAAAUGUGUAUUAUAAAUAUAUAAAUAAAUUCUACUGCAGGCUAAUUCUUCAAUCUCUUGGUAGUUAGUUAACACAUCAAUUCUUUCUUCCCCCUGAGUUUUGUGUGAUUUUUUUUUUGUAAAUUUUUUUCCCUCUAAAUUGUUGUAUUUACUGUUAAUUCAUGCAAAAGAGAUGAGGUGUUGCUUUAAUUCUUUGCUGUUCAUAAAUAUUUAAUUGGUUG